AGCAAGUUAACAAAGACUGUUAAGAUUUCAGGAAUAUUUGGAGAAAUGCCUGGCUAGGGUUUGGUCUACGAGGAAUUGAACAACGAUCUCGAUCCACCAACGAGUUAUCUGCAGUAAUUCGGUCGGAGACUCAGUUCCGUUCCCGAGUUUGGACGGCGGCGGCGACGGGAAAGAAUGGCAUCUACCCGCAACUGUAGAAUCAAGUUUCAAUGACACAGAAACCCAAAUUAGAUCAUUAUGUGGUAAAUCCAGUCCCCGACUCGAAGAUGCUUUGCUCCUCUUUAAUCAAGCUGUUGAAAUUCACACCCUGCCUUCUCAAUCAACAUGCGAUUUUCUUUUAAAAACAUUUUCACAGUCGAAGAAGUAUAACAUGGUUAUCAAUGUCUACAAUAAGAUGAAGGGUAUUCAAGUUUUUCGCAGUAUCAUAUCAUUGCAAGUUCUGAUCAAGUUUUUCCUGCAUUCAAAUAAGCCCGAUUUUUCUUUUGGAGUGUUGGGCACUAUGGUGAAGUGUGGUUUUCAAGUUAACACAUAUUGUAUAAAUGUUGUUUUAAAUGGACUUUGUCGAAAUGGUGAUACUUCAAGAGCUGUAAAGGUUUUCAAUGAAUGGUGCAGAGGGUCUGUAUUGCCUGAUGUGAUUACUUUCAGCACUCUUAUGAACGGGCUUUGUAAAGAGGGUCGAAUAGGAGAAGCAAUGGAUUUGUUUGAUGACAUCAAGCUGAAGGGCUUCUAUCUGAAUGUGAUUACUUUCAACACUCUUAUGAACGGGCUUUGUAAAGAGGGUCGAAUGGGAGAAGCAAUGGAUUUGUUUGAUGACAUGAAGCUGAAGGGCUUCAAUCCGGAUGUGAUUACUUACAACACUCUUAUGAAAGGGCUUUGUGAAAAUGGUCAAAUGAGAGAAGCAAUGGAUUUGUUUGAUGACAUGAAGCUGAAGGACAUCAAUCCGAAUGUUUCUACUUACAACACUCUUAUGAAUGGGCUUUGUAAAGAGGGUCAAAUGGGAGAAGUAAUGGAUUUGUUGGAUGACAUGAAGCUGAAGGGCCUCAAUCCGGAUGUUUCUUACAACACACUUAUGAAUGGGCUUUGUAAAGAGGGUCAAAUGGGAAAAGCAAUGGAUUUGUUUGAUGACAUGAAGCUGAAGGGCUUCAAUUCGGAUGUCAUUACUUACAACACUCUUAUGAACGGGCUUUGUAAAGAGGGUCGAAUGGGAGAAGCAAUGGAUUUAUUUGAUGACAUGAAGUUGAAGGGCCUCAAUCCGAAUGUUCUUACUUACAACACUCUUAUGAACGGGCUUUUUAAAGAAGGUCGAAUGGGAGAAGCAAUGGAUUUGUUUGAUGACAUGAAGCUGAAGGGCAUCAAUCCGGAUGUGAUUACUUUCACAACUCUUAUGAACGGACUUUGUAAAGAGGGUCGAAUGGGAGAAGCAAUGGAUUUGUUUGACGACAUGAAGCUGAAGGGCUUCAAUCCGGAUGUUAUUACUUUCACAACUCUUAUGAACGGGCUUUGUAUAAAUGAUCGAAUGAGAGAAGCAAUGGAUUUGUUUGAUGACAUGAGGUUGAAGGGCCUCAAUCCGAAUGUUCUUACUUACAACACUCUUAUGAACGGACUUUGUAAAGAGGGUCGAAUGGGAGAAGCAAUGGAUUUGUUUGAUGACAUGAAGUCUGAGAGCCUCAAUCCGGAUGUUAUUACUUACAGUACACUUGUAAAUGGAUUUUGCAAAGCUGGGAAUUUCGACGAGGGAAAGAAACUUUACGAUAUGAUGUUGGAAAAAGGAGUUGAACCGAACACAUUCAUUUAUUCAAGUUUAUUACAGCAUCUUUGCAAAAUGAGGCGAUGGGAGGAAGCUAGCGAGUUAUUCAAUGUUAUGUCACACCGAGGAAUAAAACAGAAUCUGGUAAUCUAUAACGUUUUAAUCGAUGGGCUGUGUAAAGAUGGAAGGCCUAUGGAUGCCAUGCGGUUAGUAGACUUAAUGGAGGAGAAUGGUGAAGAGUCAGACAAAAUAACAUAUACUUCACUAAUCAAUGGAUUUUGUAAAUCUGGUAUGGUUACCGAAGCUUUAAGAGUCUUUGAAAGAAUGACUAAAGCGAAUAAUAAUAAAAUCGACAUUGUUUCUUACAAUUCAUUAGCUUGGGGGCUUUGCGAGAAUGGGAAGGUUGAUGAGGCGGUGAGGUUAGUAUCUUUGAUGUUGAAAGACGAGAAUCGUGUAGAGCCAAAUCAUCUAUUGUUAACAGCUUUAAUUUACGGGCUAUGUAAAGAAGGUCGUCUAAAGAAAGCGAUGGAGAUUCAUCGUGAAAUGAACAUGAGAGAAAUAUUUCCUCUUAAUAUACUAAUACAUGCUCAUUUGAAGAAAGGAGAUGUUGGUGAAGGAAUGAAGUUAUUGAAGAAUGGGCUUGAAAUGGGAUUAGUUCUGGAUUCAUACACUUAUUCAGCGUUGAUAAAUGGAUUCUGCCGAUUGAGAAUGAUGAACAUUGCGAAAGGUCUUUUGAUUCACAUGACGAAUCGUGGAAUUCUGCUUGCAACUCGUCAUUACAACAAGUUACUAGAAAUUCUCUGCAAAGAAGGUAGUUUGGAGGAGGCAAAGGGUUUCUUUUUAGCGAUGAGCAAAACAGACAGUAAACCGGAUCUAAUUCCGGCCAUGACCCUUUCCCUUACUCGAUCUGGCAGCAACACCCACGAGCUCGUAAUCGACGACCUCAUCUCCGUUCGAUCACAUCCGAACAAGUCUAUUCCGGCCACGGCUAUCACUAUCAUCAGUUCACUGUCGAAUAGAUCUUCAACACCAGCAGGCAGCAGGAUCGCCAUGACAAGCCCACAGUUACAAAAUUCAAUCUCUAAGAGGGUCAUGAAUCUAUAUUUGAAGUUGCUUGCCAUUUACAUUAAUUGCAAGCACAAGAAGAGAGACAUCAGACCUGCUCCUAGAGCAAAUCUAGUUGAGACAGAUGAUGUGAUAGUUACGGUUGUCUCUGAAAUAAAUCUUGUGGCAGAAGAAAAGUCAUGGGUGGUAAACUCUGGUGCUACCAGGCAUAUAUGUGCUAACAGAAAUGCUUUUUACUCCUACACUAAGGUAGGGGAAGGAGAGGAACAAGUCUUUAUUGCAUUCUCAAGAAGAAUUAAUGUUUGUGGAAAAGGAAAUGUGAAUCUGAAACUCACCUCCGGUAAAAUCCUCUCAUUGACUAAUGUUCUUCAUGUGCCCGAGAUUCGCUCAAAUCUUGUGUCAGUUUCUGUCUUGGGGAAGGCUGGAGUGAAGAGCACUUUUGAUUCAGACAUACUAACACUUACGAAAAAUAAUAUUUUCGUAGGCAAAAGUUAUUUUGCUAAUGGUCUGUUUUUAUUAAAUGUUCUUGAAGGUAUUAAUAGUAAUGCAUCUUCUUCUGCUUAUAUGAUUGACUCGUUUAAUUUAUGGCAUGUUAGAUUAUGA